AAAGAGAACAGAGGAGAAGAAGAAGAAGAAGAAGAAGAAGAAGAAGAAGAAGAAGAAAAUGGAAGCGAUAGAAUUGGAUGAAGCAAUGAAAGUAUUGGAUUCAUCUUUAUCACAAAUCAAUUGGCGUCUAAAAUCUUCUUCAAAACGUCGAUUACAAUUAGAUAUUAUUGCCCUAAUUACAAGAAUGAGACCAGUAGUAAUGAUUGAUUAUGGUGGAAUUUUGCCUCAACUUCAACACCAACUCUCUUCACUUCUUCAACAUGUUCAAAAAGAAUCUCAAAUUUUUGAACAUUUAAGAUUGAUGGUUAUACAAGAAAUGAUUUACUUGAUUAAUGUAACUGAAAUAACUGAUUUUGUUAAUUCAUCUUUGAGUUCUCAAUUACUCUUUGUAGACCUUGAAGAUGAAUCCCCAAAGUUGAUAACGGAAAUAGAGAAAAGCAAAUUAGCGAUGCAGUUUGUGUCAAUUCAGAAGAUUUUUUCGACUGUUUUUUCGUCUAAUGGGGAGGAAAAGUUGGUGGAUGAUGCUGACUCUUCUGCGCCCUGUUCUCUCUCAUCUUCUACUGAGUGCAUUGAUCUUAGUUAUUGUAUGGAAAACACUGACAUCUUAGUGCCAACAUUGAAUGGAUGGCUUCUAGGCUAUCCAGUAGUGUAUCUGUUUGGCAAGGAUCAUAUUGCUGAUGCCAUUUAUAAUCUUUCAAACAAAUACCUUCAUAUUUUCCAAGUGUUUGUCUGCAGGAAUAGUAAUCUCAAGAAAGGAAGUCAAGUUGAAGAACUAUUAAGUUUUUCAGUGCCUUAUGAUUUAAGCACAAGAGGGAGUAAAGAACAAUGGGCAGAAGCUUUUGCAGCUCAAAUGCAGGCAAAAUGGGAAAGAUGUCCAAAUGUUUGGAAGUCUUUAAAGAUGGAGGUUAGUGAAUGUCAUCCUCAAGCUAUCGUGUUAUAGUUGUCCCCGGCAUCUAUAGGCAUAACAGAAUUUGAUUCCCAAAAGUAUAUUAGGUGCUUCAAAAAAUAGUAUGUACUUAGAUAAACGGAAACGUUUAUCGCAGAAUAACUUCCAUUUGUUGUAAAAUAUCAAAUGUUGCUACUUCCCGCAUUGGACCAUUUAUAAAGGGUAACCAUUAUAUGGAGUUUUGAACCAAAA